UGUAGGUAGGUAGGUAAAGAUGUAAAGUCAACUCAAUUUUCAUUUCAUGAUGGUGGUAAUGAAAAGCGUUUUUCUUUUACAUUUUCCCUGUCAUGAAUAUGUGUGAUUUUUAAAUGAAUACUAAUGGUCCAGAAAAAGAAAUAUUUAAUAGAAUAUGUAUCAAACAGGAUAGAAUGUUCUUUGGUUCAAAUACGAGUGUUAAUUUGGUCUGCAAUAGUUGGAUCUUGUUGACACUAGCGUAGGGUGUUUAUUUGGGAAAUAUCGCGGGGUAUUCUGAUUUUUACCAAUAAGAUGUCUCUAGGAGGGUCCUCGUUUAUGAAGAGCGCGACAAUGCUGGAACAGUUGCUGGAGGAAAUUAAUUUCCAACGAACGAAGGAGAUGCGGCAGUUAAUGAAAGAUGAUUGCGGGUUCGUGGUGCUGCAAGGGACGACGUACUGGACGGACCUGUUCGUGCGGCACUUCCUGUUCCAGGAGGAGAGAGCCAUCGACUGCGACGACCUCCUCUUCUUCGUCAGGAAACGCCACGUCAAGGGCUCGUCCAGAUAUCUGCCCAAGUACGAGACGGAUGUGGAGGUUUUCCGCAAGGAUUCCAAGAAGUUGCCCAUCGGAGAUCCAGAGAUAGACUGGGAGGAGACGGUGUACUUGAACCUGAUCGUGCAUCAGUUCGACUACACGCUCACGCUGGCUAUCUGCACACGGACCAGUCCCAAGGAGCUGCAAGUACUGAAGCGGCAUUCGCAGAAGGUGUACGCGUCGCCGUCCCGCCGCAAGAUGGACACGAAGGGAGAGGGUGAAGAGAUGACCUACCCACAUAUCUGCUUCAUGGUGGACAACUUUGAUGAGGUAUUCUGCGACAUCGUGGUAAGGGAUGGCGAGAUGGUCUGCGUGGAGCUGGCAGCCCGCGGGCGCGGCUGUUCAGCUCAGGCCGUCAUCUUCCUCGGCUCCAUCCGCUACGACGCUUUGGCUGCUGUAUACGACUCCAGGCAAACAUCCCUAUCAACAAAAGUGGCUCAGCGCAUGUCGUUCGGCCUGCUGGGCGGGAAGACGGCGGCGCGGUGCGAGUUCGUGCGCAUGAAGGGCCCGGCCGGCAAGGGCCACGCGGAGAUGGCUGUGUCGCGCCCGCACGCCGCCGGCGCCGACACGCCCAGCUCCGAGCCCGGCGCCUGCGCCACCGACAUGUGGGACGACGACUGGGACGACGACCCGGAAGACAUGUUCAUGUAUCGGCACCAGCGUCGCCUGAGCGACCCGAGCGCCAACAUCAACAACUACGUGCGCGGCGGCUGGCGCACGCGCGACGCCAAAGACAAGAGCCGCUCCGAGAACGAGGGCCUGGACUCGUUGGGAGGCGCCCUGGCGGAGGUCGAGGCGGGCGACGUCAGGGAUGAGGACCGGGGGUCGGCUUCCUCCGCGCGCUGGCGCUGCUGCGGCGGCGCGACGCCCGCAAUGCGCGAGGUGUAUGCGCGCGCGCAGCCCGACGUGUCGUCGCCCGCCUGUCUGCAUCUCGUGUCUCCGCGCCGCGCGCGCCUCGCGAGGAGAGACGCCAGGAGGCCGCCGCCUCUCACCGUCAAUAAAAAGUCUGAGAAGACGAAAGAGACGGAUUGCGAAUGCGAGCUCGCGGCCGACGCGGGCGAGAUCGAAGACUGCGAUCUGUCGAAUCGACCGGAAUAUUACUUCGGCGCCGAUCGCGCGCAGAUCACCGUCCGCGGGGAAGAGGAGUUGCCUUACUGCGACGCAGACGUCCAGAACGAGAACCUGCCGGCCGACGAGAGCCUGGAGCUGGGGCGGCUGCGCGCGCGCGCGUACGCGACGCUGCCGCGGCGGCGCGGGCUGGGCGCGCUGCUGUACCGCGGCGGCCGCGCGCCGCCGCGCCGCACUACGCCCGACGGCACCGACAUCUACUACUGGUGCGACCUGCGCCGCCGCGGACAUGAACUGGACGACGGCGCGUACAACCCGCUGUGGGCGAUGCGCGGGUUCUCGCAGACGUUCCACCUGUGGAAGGAGGGCAAGCGCCAACAGUCCGCGCCGCUCAACGCCUUCCUCACAUACGUCACGCUGCCCUGGUGGAGUAUUGCCAAAGAUAUACUAGAUCAUCGUGAAGAACCAAUCCUAACCUUCUGAGUGCCCAUUUCACAAGUAGUCCUGGAGCCAGCUGUGAGUUUCCUUCAGUGUUAUACGAUUGCAAGGGGCCUUACUUUAAAGUUGCUUCUACGUCGCUAUAUACCUCUGUAAGAUGUCAUAAAUUGGUAUUAUAAUUCCGAGCCCAAUCAAACUUGCAACUUCUAAGUAACGCCUCUGAUAUACUUCAUUCCACAAAAGGAACGAUUGAACUCACAGUCCAAGGCUAAUCCAACCGACCUGGCACUGACUCGUUGACAUAUGGACGUUUGAAUUAUUAUUGAUUUGGCAUAAUUCGAAAUUAACACGUCGACAGCUGAAUACGCAUUUUGUAUGCGUCGCUAAGCGUGUCAAUAAAAAGCACAAAAUAAAAA